CGGCUGGAUUUGCAUGGUGCUCCGUGUUUCUGGUAGGUGGAGCGACCCGUCACUCCCGGUGGCCGGGCCCGCCCACUCUGCCUGGGUCCCCGGCUCUCUUCCUGCGCAGUUCUACUUCGCAGCCUCCGCGGGGAAGCGCCGGGGCAGCAGUCAAGGCUCGGUUCGCAGGACCGCGGGAAGGCAGCCCCGGCGAGCGGCCGUGCAGCGCGCACCGUUUGGAGGGGCCCGGGCGCGCGAGUGAGGCGCUCUGCUGGCCCCGAGCGCGGCGUCGCAGCCCCCGACCAGCAGUUGCCGCCACCCGACUUUCGUUCCAGUUGCGGCUCCUCCGGGCAGCAUGUCAAAAGCCGCCGCCGCUACAGCUGCCGCCGCCACCUGGGGAAGAGCAGCAGCAGCAGCGGCGGCCGCGGGCGCGCGGGGGCAAUAAGCCGAACCACUCGGCGUACAGGGUACUCUCUCCGCGCUCACGGCUCCGGCGGGACCCGCGCCAUGUGCUGAGCCAUGCCCCUCGCCGCGCCCGCGGGCAGCGCAUGGGGCAGCGCCUGAGCGGCAGCCGAUCCUGCCUCGAUGUCCCCGGCCGGCUUCUGCCGCAGCCGCCGCCGCCCCCGCCACCGGUGAGAAGGAAGCUCGCGCUGCUCUUCGCCAUGCUUUGCAUCUGGCUCUACAUGUUCCUGUACUCGUGCUCCGGCUCGUGCGCCGCCGCGCCCGGGUUGCUGCUGCUGGGCUCGGGGUCCCGCGCCGCCCUCGCCCCGCCGGCCCUGGCCUCAGGUCGCGACGGACCUCCCUCGAGGCUGCCGUUCCCGGCGGCGCCAGCCACCCAGUUGGCUCCUGGCGGGGAGACGGCCGAGGGCGCCGCGAGCCAGGAAGAGCAGAGUCCCGAGGCGCCGGACUCCCCCAGCCCCAUCUCUAGCUUCUUCAGCGGGUCGGGCAGCAAGCAGCUGCCGCAGGCCAUCAUCAUCGGCGUGAAGAAGGGCGGCACGCGGGCGCUGCUCGAGUUCCUGCGCGUGCACCCCGACGUGCGCGCCGUGGGCGCCGAGCCCCACUUCUUCGACCGCAGCUACGACAAGGGCCUCGCCUGGUACCGGGACCUGAUGCCGAGGACCCUGGAGGGGCAGAUCACCAUGGAGAAGACGCCCAGCUACUUCGUGACGCGCGAGGCGCCCGCGCGCAUCUCGGCCAUGUCCAAGGACACCAAGCUCCUGGUGGUGGUGCGGGACCCGGUGACCAGGGCCGUCUCGGACUACACGCAGACGCUGUCCAAGCGGCCCGACAUCCCCAGCUUCGAGAGCCUGGCCUUCAGGAACCGGACGGCGGGCCUCGUGGACCGGGCGUGGAGCGCCAUCCAGAUCGGCCUGUACGCCGAGCACCUGGAGCGCUGGCUGCGCCACUUCCCCGCCCGCCAGCUGCUCUUCGUGAGCGGCGAGCGGCUGGUGCGCGACCCGGCCGGCGAGCUGGGCCGCGUGCAGGACUUCCUGGGCCUCAAGCGCAUCAUCUCCGACAAGCACUUCUACUUCAACCAGACCAAGGGCUUCCCCUGCCUCAAGAAGGCCGAGGGCAGCGGCCGCCCUCACUGCCUGGGCAAGACCAAGGGCAGACCCCACCCCGAGAUCGACGGCCAGGUCCUGCGGCGGCUGCGCGACUUCUACCGGCCCUUCAACCGCAAGUUCUACCAGAUGACGGGCCACGACUUCGGCUGGGACUGAUCAGACCCUCCCGCCCCGCCCCCCUCCCCACCCGGGGCUUAGGAAAUAUUGAGAGAGAUUAUAUGUAUGUAAAAUGUACAGAAAUCUAUUUUAUAAUAAUUUAUUUUUAAUUCAUAAGCAAUUAACUCACUAAGCUGCCUAGCCACGCUCUUUAGAGUCACGUAAUCUGUUCACAUUCCAAAGCGUUUCUAAGAUUUUCUUCUUGUCUUCACAAUGGAUGGUGCUUCCUUUUUUUUUUUUUUCUUUCUUUCUACCCAUUGUAUUUAAAAAGAAGAAAAGCACAACUUGAGAUUUUCGUUGUUACGGGUAUGCAGCCUUCGAUCGCUGUCUGGAUGCACUUGCCCACCUCCUCAUACGGAAGCUUCCAUCUCCCCUCCUGCCUGGGCACCUCUGGGAGCUCCGAGCUGCCAGACCUUCACAUAGCAGCUUCCUCGCUGACGUGCUGACACAUCCGAGGGCGUAGACUCCAAACCACAGCGCUAGCUUUUCCCCCCAAGUCCGCUCAGCACGUGGGGGAAUCACUACCUUGGCAGGGACAUCCACAUCCUUUUAGAGUCUGCCUGUCAGGGCCCUUGACUUUACCUUUUGAUUCUGAAGGAUGCCCCUGCCUCAUCUUCUGCCCCAUCCCUGGUUCAAUAACUGGCUUGAAGCGUAUGCAAAUAUCCGUCCCCACUUCUGCAGGUCCCGCGUCUGAGAUGCUCGGGUGCUGCUUUAGAAAUAAAGACGAUCCCUUCUAAUUUGCACGCGAGUGCAUCGUGUUCCGUUCUCCAGGCAGACGGCUCUGCUUUGGCACACCAAAGAAUCCCCUAGGCUAGCAGAACCCCCGGAUCGAACCAAGGGUGUCGAGACCUGAAGGGGCCGGGUUCAUCCCACGCCAUCUGAGUCUACCAAGGUGCCACUAGGUGCAGAGCCAGCCCCUGUUUGAUGUCUGGAACUCCCCUCCCUGGAAUUCCUAGCUCAUCUCAGACAACACGGUCUGUAGCCAACAGGCAAACAGCGAGAACAAGGAGAGGCUCUUGUAGAGAGACUGGGAACGCUGGCCCGUGUUGCCUAUAAGCGCUCGAGCCUGUGCCGCUGUCCCUUGUUUUAGCCAGGCCCUGGCAGAAGGGGUUCCAGCACUGUUGCUGCCGAUGCAGAAUUCUCUCCCCUACCUCUUCGUGGAGGGGGCACUGGAGGGGUCAUUUGUGAUGACCAGCUAGUGGCAGUUGGGUAACCGUAUAGCAAUAUCAAAGAAUUGUCAUUUGUGUUAUACUUUCACUAAGGAAUAUAUGGGAAGAUAGUGUCAAAAUGGUUGGGUUGUGAUAUUUACAAAGGACACUUUGGUAUGUUCUAUGGGAUAACUUGCUCGCCAGUGAAACAAAACACUGGUCUUUAAGGGAUGUCUUAUUGAUAAUCUGGUCUGUCUUUGCCCACAAGUUUUAGCCCCGACGUAGUUAGUUCGUGCUUAGCUGCAAAGCUAGGGUAUAGGAGGAUGGGCGCACGGGGACUGGAGGCGGGAUCUCUGUGCAUUCCUGAGAUGCUGUGUGCAUUUCAUAGCUUUGUUACUGCCUCUACCAAGCCCUGUAGAACCUGCACUUAGGGGAAUGCCCAUGAUCAUGGCAUGGCUCUUCCCUCUUGCUGCUUGGGUGUCAAAGACAUCUUCAGAAGGGUGCUAAUUGAUCGUGCAUUUCUCCUGUCAGAAGGCUCAUUAGAAAUAACACUGGGAACACCUCUUUUCCAUUACAGCAUAACAUCGCUUAAAGUCAAAGCCAGCCCCCAUCUGCCACCUGAUCCUGCCCUGUCCGUUUUCUGUCCACUCUCGUGCUCUGACAUGGCGCGUGAUGUCAGCUUGCAAAAAAAGUUCAGAGGAGGGUUUGCCACGAAGCAGUGGGGAAAUGCACAUGAACUUUUCCCUCCCCUCCAGGGCCCUGCUUGCCUUUCUAAGCUGGACCAUUUUCGAUUAAGUUGUUUAUUCCCUGCCUUAAAACUAAAACAGGAAAUCCUCAGAGAGAAGGAGGGUCAUUUAGUCAUGAACACUGAAGUGAGUCAAGAUUCUAUUCUGGGUCAAAUCCUUGAAUCCAAACAGAUGUCGAUAAUUAGCACUGAAGGACUAGAGCGAGUUUUUCUGUGGAAGACAAAUAAAUCAGACUUCCUGUGCAUCUCUUCCGAGGAGUCUGACGGCUUACAGUUCCUGACGGCUCCUGACUCAGCAUCGGCCCCAAGGUUACACCCCAUCGCAUGACACUUAUUACAGGGCACACGUGUCUUCCUCCUGGAGAAGUCUGCACGGCCACCGACUCAACCUUUUAGCUGCUAGAAGACAAACACCAUUUCUGGUUUGGCAAUUUGUCCUAACACGUCUUGGUUUUCUUCCGCAUUACAGGAGAAGCUCUGAUAUUCAUGGGGUACUUUAUUCCGCUCAGUUUGUUUCAAAACAAACAAAAAGGUUAACAAAAAGUUUGGAGGUUGUUAUUGUUCCUGUCGAGCCCACGCUGUCUUUGAGGUGUUCGUACUUGGUAAGUGGUACCUGGAAGGGUGUUUAGGUGUAGUAACUGCAUCAUAAACAGUUAAUUGGAAGAUGAAGGAAGAAAAGUUGUCUUCUUCAUGGGAUCCUCCUACGAAGUCAUUUUGAGUGACAGGUACAUUAUAGGCCUUUGGAGAAACGCAGUUUCAGAUCCCACCAGGAUAUUUUCAUGAGAAAGGAAAAUGGAAGGUUCCGCUAAAGUAGAAACGCAUAGUGUCUAAAAGGCUGACAUGGAGUCAAUGUCCUUUUUCUUUUCAGUUGAUCAAGAAAGAUGGUCAGUAAAACUUCAAGGUGUGGUUAGAUUUUUUUUCUCACUUUUGUAACAUUAAUUUAUGACUGAGUUUCAUUCAGCCCAGUAAUCUGAAUACUGCACAUUCUAGCAGUGUGUCCUCUAUAACCUGGAUGUUAGAAUAACCAAUAUGUACAAAAAGAAAAAAAAAUUAAAUCAAGUAUUUUGUCCUAUGUAUAACACAAAUUAAUUUUACACAGAGAAAGAUGUUUCUAGGAAAAUGAAAUUCUGGUAAUUCAUACUAUUUCUU